CCGUAGUGUGUGCUUUGCCCAGUCUGGCGACAGCCAAAUCAACAGGUAGUUUAAUCUUUACAUUCAAGUUUAGAGACCUGCUCUCACACUUUUAACUAGUACCCUCAUUGGAUAUGAAUGCGCCUUUCCACCUUCCAAUCAACACCGUUCGGUUGUUCUACUAUUACAUUUCCGCAUUAGUAUUUAAAUUCAACAAGUAAAAGAUUGCAGCAGACAACCCAUUAAAUUGGUAGCGUUCUUUUGGUCCGUCUUCGCUAUAAGGAUUCUUUGGCUAAAUCAGGGUACUGGAGACUGGGGCCAUGUGGAAGUGCCUGUCCAAAUAUGUCUGCAUCUUCCUCCUGCUGACCCUGUCAGGCGUCUUCUUCCUGUUCCGCAACAUCAGCAUUCUAGAGUGGAAGUUAGACCUAUGCAUCUGGGAACUAUGCAGCAACCACGCAGAGGGCCCUACUCCCCUGGACCACAAUCAAAGCUGUAACCACCUGAGCCAGGGCCAGGAGCGCACACCUGAGGAAGCUCUGGAGGAGCAUUACCUCCUGGAGUCCAUUGCCUGGCCAGAGCCUCCGCCCCGGCCCACGUCUAUACCCCUGGAACAGACCAGUGACCCUGCGCACAGCCAUUUUGCAGUGCUGCCAGCAGUGGGUGGGAGAGAGUGGCACGUGGGGGACCAGCUGGAGUCUCUGGUCCUUAUGAAAGAUUUCCAGGGACAUCCCAAGAGCCAUGGUGGGGACUUCUUGCUGGCUAGGCUGCACUCCCCAGAGCUGGGGGCGGGCGUUGCAGGACAGGUGUUGGACCACCAGAAUGGGACCUACUCUGCCAUUUUUCUGUUACUGUGGGAGGGGUCCGUACAAGUGGAGGUGACACUAGUUCAUCCUAGUGAGGCAGUUGCUGUUCUACGAAACUUACGUGAAGAACGGCCCAACCGGGUGCUUUACAAGAGCCUGUUCAAAUGUGGAUUACUGUCUGAGACCACAAUGUGUAACCUUUGUCUGCCGACCAACCAGGAGCCGCUGUGCAAUUACACAGACCCCCACACGGGUGAACCCUGGUACUGUUACAAGCCUAAGCAGCUGCUGAGCUGUGACACACGGAUCAACCACUUCAAGGCAGGCUACCAGAAAGAUCUGAUAACCGACAAAGAAGCACUGCUCUUCCAGAGUGGCGUAAACCUCAAAACACGUAUUCGGGCUAAGGGGUCUGACAGUGUCACUGUGCUGCCUAAGAAGAAAGACAAACCAGAGGUGGAAAGCAGCCUUGCAAAGCCAGCGCCUGUCAGGACCACUCCCUCUGGGUAUUACUUCCAAGGGUCAUGGCAGUCCCUGGGUGAUGUCGUGAUGCGCCAGUUUAAUGAUCCAACUGCCAUUACUCAGUGUUUGAAGGGCAAGGUGGUGUACAUGUACGGAGACUCCACCGUUAGACAGUACUAUGAGUUCCUCGCCAACUUCUUGCCAGAGUUGAAGGAUUUCAACCUUCGAAGUCCGGUGAGGGCAGGGCCCUUCAUGGCGGUGGACAUCCCCCACAAUAUUCUGCUGAAGUACCGCAGCCAUGGCCCCCCCAUCACCUGGACCCCUCUCAGCAUCAGUCAGCUGCGCUAUGUAGCUAAUGAGCUGGAUGGCCUGGCCGGGGGCUCAGACACUGUUGUAGUCAUCAGUGUUUGGGCCCAUUUCUGUACCUUCCCUGUGCAGGUUUACAUUCGUCGACUCCGCCACAUUCGAAGAGCGGUUGUGCGGCUUCUGAACCGGGCUCCGGGGACUGUGGUAGUGGUGCGCUCGGCAAACCUCCGGGCCCAAAGCCUAAAAGAGAGCCUCAUCGUCAGUGACUGGUUUUCGGUUCAGUUGGAUGGGGUGAUCAAGGCCAUGUUCAGGGGCCUGAAUAUCAAGUUAGUGGAUGCCUGGGAGAUGACCCUUGCCCACCACCUCCCACACAAUAUCCACCCGCACCCUCCGAUCAUUAAGAACAUGAUAAACACUAUCCUCUCUCACGUCUGCCCAGUGAAGAAGUAGCAGAGAAAUUGCAUUAUUUCUGGCACAAUUUACAAAAUAACUAGCAUGGGUGGAGCGUUGUCCGACUAGGUUACAUGAUUCAUCACUUGAGCCUGCAAAAUUUUAACAUCUACGAGCAAAAAGUAUGUCUCAACACCAUUAAGAGUCUAAAUGACAAUGGCAUCCUACUAGCAUAUCUAGUGACAGAAAGAUUGCCUCAAAUCAACAUGUAGCUUUUGUCCAGGCUGCGCUCUCCAAAUUCCAAAGAUUGUACAAUAAAUUGCGGUUUUGGUUUUAUUCUUUGUACUGUACCUCUGCUUUAAAAAAGAAAGGAAUUCACUUUUCAAUAAAAAAAAAAGCCAUUUAUGGAAUUUUUUCAAAGGUGUGUGUGAAACUGGUGAUGUCAGUCUUUUUGUGCCCACUUUGGUUUUGGAGAAGUGUUUGACGGAAAGACACCAACCCAAGGGACACCUGCCCACGGGGCUCAAAAGUUUUAAUGAUAAGGUUUCGUUUUAAUGAUAAGGUUGUGUCCAAGUGCCCUACAGAAACAAGGGUGUGCAGAUUUGUUGGCGUCAUGGUUGCACCACGACUACAGCAGAAACGGCCUGCUUCUCACCCAACCAGGUCAACAAUGUUUCUCUGGUAACAUGGGUCAGAUCAUUUUUCUUCCUCUAGCGAAUCUCCAGGACCGCAUUUUACAUUCAUAAAUCAUGUCGUGGGCUGUUCUAAAAACUACUCAUGUGUCGUUGACCAUUUGUUUACACUUUGUUCAGUCAUGUUACAUCAUUGGCUAGCUAGCUAACAACCUUGUAAAGUUACAAGUAUAUCCAAACAUUUCAGGGCACAGAAAGAAAGGAAACGGGAUGGCUUCUUCAGG